GCUCAUGGUCUGGUGUUAGCACCAAAUGAUGUUGUAAUUGUGAAAAGCUUCAUCAUUUUGAUACCACCGAAGUACAUAUCCUCCACCUCAGUUCACUCUCACCUCGUUCCAUUCUCGGCAUCCCACUGCAACUCUCCGGUCGCGCUGUUUGUCAGGGCGGGGGCUCUCAGACCGAAAGAGCCUGUGUGUCCGCCAUGACACAGACUCUAGCCAACAAGUCCACAGGAGGUGUGCUGCAAAUCCCGGUGGCUGCGACGCAAAAGAACCCUUCUGCGACCCCCAAAAAGGCCCCAAAGCCCCCCGCGCCGCGACUGAAGCUCAUCAUCAGGCGGCUUCCGCCUGGCUUGACCCAAGCCGAAUUCGAGACAGCUCUGGGCCCCGAAUGGAAGACUGGCGCUGGGAAGGUCGAUUGGUUUCUCUACAAGCCGGGCAAGGUGUCUAAGGAUCCCGCCAAACCUUCUCGACCCUCGCGAGCUUACGUCCACGUUGUUUCUAAUGAUCACACCAUCCCGCUUUCCACUCAGGUUCGCCAGACCUCCUUCCAGGAUGCCCGCAAUACUUCCAACGACCCUGUCCUUCUAGGACCGCCCUCGGUGGAGUUUGCGCCUUUCGCCAAGAUCCCCGGAAGUCGUUCCCGCAAGGAUGCUCGUCAGGGAACCAUUGAUCAGGACCCCGAUUUCAUUGCCUUCCUUGAGAGCCUAACUCAACCCAUCACCAAACCAGCCGCGAUCGAGUCGGCCGCCGAUGCGGAGGACAAGAAGGGCUCGGUGAUGAUCACGCCACUGGUGCAGUACAUCAAGGAGAAGAAGGCCAACAAAGCGAAGGAAUCUAGCAAGUCCUCCCGCCACAAGUCAGACAAGGAGCCCAGGUCGGAGAAGGUGCAGGCGAAGAAGUUGCUGCAACGGCCCGACAAAGAGGCGACCCAGUCGGCCGCUGCGGAGAAGCCAGAGAGGAAAAGCAGGUCCGACAGAGCUGCCAAGGAAGCUGUCAAGGCGGCAAACAAGCAGGCCGCUAGUGUCGCGUCCAAGCAAGCGGCGAAGUCCGCCACCUCGAAGGACUCUCCCAAGGAUGCGCCCCAGCCAUCGACGGAGCGGAAGCGCGAGCGUGGAAAUAUCUCUGCUGCCGCCAAAAUUCUCCAGCGCGAUCUUGGACUUGCUCCAUCUGGCGGUCGUCGACGAGGCGGCAAAGGUACUGCUGCGGAUUCGGAUGCCUCGAAGAACGAACAGACCAACGCCGCUCCCUCAGAGCCCCCCAAGAAGGAAACCUCCAACAGAUCGUCGAAGAAUGCGAACUCUUCACAAACCUCCAAGGGUAGGGAGCGUGGCAGUGCUCAGCCACAGCCCAACGAGCCGUCCGAGGCGGGCACCCCUCCUGUCAGUACCACGCCUAAGCCCUCCAAGUCCGCCAAAGGAAAACAGGCCUCGGCCAGUCCAGCAGCCGCUCCCACUCAAGCCUUCCUGAAGCACGCCAACCCGUCCCAGGGUGUCACCGAGCCACUGCUGGAAACUGCAUUCGCGCCAUUCGGCAAAGUCCUGAAGGUUGAGAUCGAUAAGAAGAAGGGAUUUGGGUACGUUGACUUCGCAGAACCGGACGGACUGCAGAAAGCCAUCGCUGCCAGCCCUGUCACGGUCGCCCAGAGCCAAGUGGUUGUGCUGGAAAGAAAGGCAAAUCCCGGAGGUGAGAAGGGCCGCGGUAAAGGUCGUGGCGAAUCGCAGCAAUCCCCCGCGGGAGGCAACGCCAACAACAACAACAGGGGCGAGAAGGCCACUGAGGGAGGUAGAUCCGGAGGCAACUCAUCUCGGGGACCACGUGGUGGACGGGGUUCUAAAGGCAAAGGCGGCUCGAAGAGCAACAGCGGCGGGAAUGCAAAUGCCAACGCCGGAAACAACUCUGAGAACAAGGGAAGCGCGGAUGGCAAGUAAGGCGUUGGAGGGUGGUUGAACACGAUUGCAACGAUCAUCCACAGCAAGGACGAUUGCGCGUGUGCUGUCUAUAAGUACGCCUGCAGCGAAAUCCCGCAUGGAGGGCUCGCUUUGUAUGCGUGACUCCUCGUCAUGUCCAAACGCACUGAGCAUCUGGCGCCAGGUAUCUAUUCUUUAUUAGGUAGACUCCUAAAGCCCCCUUUGCACAAAAGACCCCAAGUCCUUGAGGACCUUGGAAUGUGAGAAGUGGCUUUCCACGUCUGUGAGAUCUGCCUACCUACCGAGCACUGGCUAAAUACUCGGUCAGCUGCGGUGAUCAUUCAGGACGCUGCCUUUUUCUCCUCAUGAAGAUUGUCCAUAGGAACAAUCUGCUUUGGCAGGAAGAAAUGGCCUGAUGUGACAUAAACACACUGUGGUGC